AUGCAGUGUGUCUGUAUAAAAGGCCCUGCCUCCCGCUCUGCUGUUACUCUCACUCAAGUGGCCGGUCACACACUCGCUCUGCGGACCAGCUACAGCUCUGUCAGUCUCCGAGUGGAUUAUUACUGUCACUGCAGCAAGCAGCGAUCCAAAAGGAUCUAUAUUUUGUCUGUCAGACUGACAACUGCACUUAAUCACAGUAUGAAGCAUAGAUGGCUGCUUCUGUCUCUGCCUCACCUGCCCACCAUCACUGAGACCCUGGAAGACUCUGAUACCCUGGGGGCCACGGGCCACCUAGCCCAUCCUGCCCAGUCUGUUUCCCAGUCUCCAUCCCAGUGCUCCCAGUCUCUGGAGGAGUAUAUGACCAGUAUCCAGGUGCUGGCCAGACCAGUGGUGCACCCUAGCUGUGGCCCUGUGAGGCUCCAGAGGACGGGCAGGCCUCAGCUGUUCUCCAAGUCUCAGAUGAAGCACUCUGUCUCAGCUUUGCUGCCCCGCGGUUCCCCCCGGGCCAUCCGGACUAGCACCACCACAGGUCAAGCCCGAGAGCAGCUGCCAGGCAGGCUGGGGAUGGAGAGGGAAUGUGGGGGGAAAGAUCCCAUGGAAUGGCUUUAUGGACAAACACACACAUAAACCUAGACAAGGACAAAGCAGGACACAAAUGAGGACAUACUAGUUUAGGGGAGAAUGCUCAAGCAGCUCUGUGGGUGCUCAAACCUGGAAUAUUAAAUAUCAGGGAAUACUCUAACUGGCUGUAACCAAUGAUGUGCGGUGCUGUCCCCAAAUGGCCCACUGAUGGGUUCUGGAGCUGGACUGGACUGGACUAGAUGUUGUUUCACUGAAUUGUGACACUAUGCUGGAUAUAAUGCAGGGACUCUGUAAACAUUAAUCCAGUAAAACCAACCUGUGGAGUUUAAUUUAAGAGGUUAUUCUAUUUUGUAAUAAAAUACUCUUGUAACAAUAUUUCUUGUAUUCACCGUAUUUACGUUUGCAUAGCUAAUGUUUUAGGAACUUUAAAGAUUCCAAACUGAAUGUCUAAAUGUCUAAAUGUGAUACCAGUGCUUGAUUUGGGCCAGAACACAUCACUUGGCACCUAAUAAUAAUAA